CCUGGGGCCCCGCGCCAACUCCAGAGAGGGACCCUGCUUGCGCAACCCGCGCCCUGCAGUCUCCUUCUGUUACACGUAUGGCCUCCUUAAACCAUGUUGUCCUCUGCCUUUUAACUUCCUAAUCGUCCUCCCUCCACUUUACUUUCUUUCUCUGAACAACCACCAGCCAUGGCCUACACCAAGCGCCAGAUUGUCACGACGCUCAGCGUCCUAUACUUGCUUGCUCUCACAGCUGUCGCCUGCUAUGCCCAUAACAGCGUCCAGCGGCACAGCCUGCCCAUCUCCUCCGCCCUCAGCGCUCUCACCAUCGCGCUCCCUGCCCUUACCGGCCUCAUCACCGAGCGCCUCACGCAGCGAGCCUCCAGCCCCAGCGGCAGCGACGCGCUCCCCGUGCUGCGGCACACACGGGCACGCACUCACGGCUCACCGAACAUGACGACGCUAACGCUGCUCGCGCUCACGGCAUUCACGACCGCACUCGCCACGCUCGCAGGCACGCACCUAGGCCCCGAAAACGACCUCACGUGUGCCCUUAACACCCGCUGGCAGGCCCUUUACCGCGCCAACCAGGGCCGCGUCAUUCGCCGUAUCCAGGACGACUUCACCUGCUGCGGCUUGCACUCCGUGUACGACAUGGCGUGGCCGUUCCCGACGCACGACGGGCACGGCCACACGUCGCGCAGCCGGUGCGCGCAGAGCUUCGAGCGCGACAGGGCGUGCUUCGGGGCGUGGCGCGGGCAGGAGCGCCACACGGCCGGCGCUAUGCUGGCUGUGACUGUGCUGGUUUACUUGUGGGAGCUCGCCAUCAUCUUCGCGCCAUCCGCGCGCCGCCCCUCCUGGCUCGCGAGCGUGUUCGGCUCAGGCAAGCGCCGCAGCAACGCGGCCGACGACGGCGACGAAGCUGCCUCUGCGCGCCGCGCCAUCGACUACGAUUACCGCGGCGUGGAGGCCGGGACCGCGUACUCUGACAACCCGCGCGCGGUCACCGAGGUGCUGGAUGCGGCGGGCGAGGAGGGCGAGCUCGACGCCCACCCUGUUGGCGAUGUUCAACGCGCGGUUGAGGACCGCUUGGAGGGCGGCCAUAGCCGGCAUACGCUUGUGCCGUCUGGGCUGGGGGGACGGGAUGAGGGCGUUUGGAUGAGGGGCGAGUAGUGCGGUUGGAGAGAAUGGAUGAUGGUGCUGUGGGGGAUGGUGCUGUGAGUGUGGGGUUGGGUGCGGGUAUGGAGUAAUGAGGGCGAAGUAAUGACGGAGAGCUGAAGCGAGGGUGCAUAAAGGGAUGGAACUUUAGCGGACCAGCAGACGCGACCACAGACCGAGUGCACAAAGGACAGGCAGGCAUCACAACGCUGCGUCCUGGCUCUACGCCAGCAGCAGCAUUUCCUAGCCUCCAUGCUAGUUAGUAGUUAGUCAGCAUCUGCUCCAGCACGAGUUAUGUAGUAAUCCACGACAAGCAGGCAGAGCCAAUCACACACC